AUGGACAAGGAAAGUAUCAUUUUCCUCUUCUUACUAGUACUAAUAUUUUUCACUCUUCAACCUCCAUUAGCUUCUCAGAUGUUGGUUUCUCAUAGUCGUAGACGCCUCCUAGGCGAAUGGCGGAUGUUGCAGAAAAACAUUGGCAUAUCUGCGGUGCACAUGCAAUUCCUGCAUAAUAACAAGGUAGUUAUCUUUGAUACGACGGAUUUUGGCCGUUAUAACCUCUCACUUCCAGGAGGGCGUUAUCGCUAUGACCCCAAUGACAUAGUCUCACGCGAAGACUGCUAUUCUCAUUCUGUUUUAUACGACAUUGGUAGCAACACAUUCCGGGCAUUAAUGAUCCAAACAGAUCCUUAUUGCUCUUCUGGUGCGGUCCUCCCCGAUGAAAUAUUAGUCCAAAUCGGAGGAUAUAAUGAUGGAGACCGUGUAAUACAUACACUAGCGCCUUGCACUGGUGAGAACUGUGAUUGGGUGGAGCUCACCCAUACUUUAAUUCAACGAAGAUGGUAUUCAACUAACCACAUCCUUCCUGAUGCACGAAUGAUCGCGGUAGGGGAAAGAAGACAGCAUAACUAUGAAUUCUAUCCAAAAAUUAUCAGAGAUUCCUCUUCUGGUUCUAGACUAUCAGCUCUAUUGGUUCUUUUUCAUGUCCUUGGAAUAUUUUCUGAACAAUUUGAAGAAUUUAACUCGCAAGGUUAUCAACUGUUAUUGUUAUGUAAUAUAAACAGUUAUGCAAAGAAACGUCAAAUCGAAGCUCAGAAGCAUUUUAACAAAGCUAAUGUUGCUUAUGAUCAGUGCCCUUUCAUCAAUUAG